GUCGCUUACACGUGUGAGCUACACUGUUAAACUGAUAGCGUCAGAUACAGUGAUGCAUGUUAUUCAACGCAUGGCUAGAGCCUAGAGGUGGUAGAUUUUUCAUCGACCUGCUUGGCUCGGCGUCCCAUUUCUCCUGUCCUGGGUACGGUUGUUGUGGCAACUGUAAACAUUCGGUGGGAGCAUGCACAGUUGUUAUGGGAACGGUCUGUGGGAGCAUGAAGGAAGCAGGACAGAGCGAGUCUCAGGAGGCGACAACAUUAGAACUGAGCACUGUACGUUGAUCAGCGAAAGAGAGAACUAUAUAAACGUAAGAUGCAACAAAUGCCAGUUUGUCUCAGUGUUACAAUCCACAGUAGCUCCAGUGGAGGGGAGGUUACGUCGCAGUGUGCCAAGCCUGCCAGCAAUCAAGCCAGACAGGCUCAAAACAGCUAAAAUGCUGGUGGAGAAAGCAGUGAAGCUGAGGAAAGUGUUUUCAGUGCAGGGACCCUACCCUGUGAUCCGUGCUGCCUUAUGGGCCAGAGGGUGGGUGGAACGUCGUUUACCCAAUCCUGUCCAGAGAGCCCCUCAUUGCCAUGGCAAUGAGGAGGAUGGUGAUGAUGGUGAUGUCGAUGCUGAUGCUACUGAGAGAGUGGAUGAAAGCGAGAAAGAGGAGAACCUUGAUGACAUGUAUGACCUCAUGUCUCGCCUGGUUCGAAAUGAAACAACAUAUUUCCAUUGGACAACACGUCGGGAUUACAUAGACUGUCGCUUCUUACGGAAUGACCAAAUGACCAAUCACUAUGCAAAUUCUGUGUCGUUUACUACCAAGGUCGGGCUCUGUGUGAACCUGCGUAACCUUCAGUGGUUUGAUACAGGAGAUCCUGACACCUUCUUCCCAAGAUGCUACAGACUUGGGGCAGAGGAUGAAAAGCAUGCAUUCAUAGACGAUUUCAAGAGGACAGCAUGCACCAGCCUGCUGCAGCAUGUGGUAGAGACAAGCAGAUGGAGGAGAGAUGGAGCAGAGGAGUUGAAUAAUGUGGAGCCUCGAUUUGUUGGUCCAGGAAUGAUCGACAUGGCUUUGCACGUGUGUCAAGAGUUUUUCAAUGUUUUAGAGCACGGUGACAUUGAUGUAACUGUAGAAACACCACCCUCGGCACAGGAACAGCAGUGGGAAGAGUUUCUGCAAGACUACUACAUGGUUGUGCAUGAAGGUGUAUUGAUCAGGGGUAGCAGUGUGUUUGUGGAGCGCUGCCAGGCCAUGUUGAUCAGACUGCAGGAGGUUUGCCCUCAGCUGGAUACAGAUGGACUAAAUAACAUCUGGAUCAUCAAACCAGGUGCUAAGUCAAGAGGACGAGGUAUUAUUUGUAUGAAUCGCCUGGAUGAGAUUUUGGCACUUGUGGAUAGUGACAGAGCCCUGCCUAAGGAGAGUAAGUGGGUGGUUCAGAAAUACCUGGAACGUCCUCUGUUGGUCCAUGGCACCAAGUUUGACAUUCGCCAGUGGUUCCUCGUCACCGACUGGAACCCUCUGACUGUCUGGUUCUACAGAGAGUGCUACCUGCGGUUCUCUACUCAGCCCUACUCGACAAAAACUCUGGACAGCUCAGUCCACCUGUGCAACAACUCCAUCCAAAAGCACUUUCAGCCAUCCUGUGAGCGUCAUCCAGGAGUGCCUGAGGACAAUAUGUGGUCCUGCUCUCAGUUUAGGGCUUUUCUGCAGCGGCAGGGCCGUGGGGCAGAGUGGGAGUCAGUGGUGAUUCCGGGCAUGCAGCAAGCAGUGGUUUGCGCCCUGCAGACAGCCCAGGACCUGGUCGAGCCCCGCAAGGCGAGCUUUGAGCUCUACGGAGCCGACUUUAUAUUGGGCAGAGAUCUGAGGCCUUGGCUUCUGGAGAUCAAUGCCAGUCCGACUAUGGCCUGCUCUGCCGCUGUGACCGCUCGCCUCUGCCCUGCUGUGCAGCUGGACACACUGAGGGUUGUGCUCGACCGACGGACUGAUCCUAAUGCUUACACAGGAGGAUUCCAGCUAAUCUUCAAACAGGCUGCAGUUGAAGUUCCUCAGUAUGUGGGAGUGAACCUGCUGGUGGAAGGAGCCCCCAUAAGGCGAUCCAGACCUCCACUUCAUAGACAAACUGUUAUUUCUAACCCACCUCUCACUGUCCAGUUCCCUCCAGACCAGUCAUCUUCAGAAGAGGUUGAAAUGACACAUAAACCAUCAGGUCAGAAAUCCUAUGCAGUCUCUGCUUUUCGCCACUCAGGCAAGGAAAACCGAGCUGUUGGAGAGAAAAAGAGGCAGCUGACAUCAACAUCUCCUAAGAGGGAAUGUCAUGGGAGAACAGAAAUUCAGAAUACCUCCUGUGUUCGCAGGUUCUGUCGCAAUCUCGCGUGGGAACAGCCUCUGGUGGUACACACUGAACCUCAGAGGAAAGCGCCUCGUUUGGGUUUGAGUCUCGGUGCCAAUGGGGCAACUCUGGUCCCACGGAGCUUUUCCUUUUCCCUCAGCCCCCCUCGCAGCAUGUCAGAUUGCACAUCUCAGUGUAACCCAGGCCAUGGAUCACAUAUCUCUAGAUCCUUCCUUCCCCAGACAGCUUUUAAAGCCCAACACAGGACACCUACACGGGUCUUUCCUUCACUUCAGGGUCCCCUUCCUACCCUGGAGGUCUUUAGUUUGCGACCAAACAUUGUGGCUGGAAGCACUGCCUGUUGGAAUCCAAACACGUCCUCUCAUCCCAGCCACCGCAGGCAUCAGUUAUUCCUCUACUCUCAAAGGCAUAGCAUGGCCAAAUAUAAAGGAGAAUUCACAGGGGAACAUAAAUACUAGAGGUAUUAUGUGUUGAAAAGAUGGAAAGCAAUCAGUAGCAAGUGAUAAAGAGGUUUUGUUAGCAACAAUAUUGUUAUCAAUUUAUAUUGUAAUAGGCUGGAACCUAAUGAACAACAAAUUACAUACUAUGAUCACAACACAGUAUGUGAUUGUAGUACCAUUAAAAUUAUUAACAGAUUUUUGUUGAUUCUGUCAAGUGAGAUUUUCAAAUUAUUCACGUAGGGCUUUAUGUUUACAAGGCAAAUACGAGUACUUUUACCUUCUUGUAUUAGGAGUAAAGUGUCAAACAUACCAUAUAUGUCAGUGGUAAAUUGUAAUUAGGUCUUAGUUUGGCUGACUGGAAGCUAAACCCUGGUAUAUGUUUUACGAUUCUGUUAUGAAUGUAACACCAAUCAAUAUUGUGUUGACAUUAAUUUGUAUUGAAACAAACAAACAAAAAAAGUUAAAAGAGUUAAUUCAAGUGUCUCCAGUGCAGCAAAUAGUCCAAUGUGACAGGGCAGAAAAUAAUAUAAUGAAAUGAUUACUGGAAAAAUAAUUAGUUUUAGAUAGAUAGAUAGAUUUUUACUGAUCCCAAAAAAUGGGAAAUAACGGUGUUGCAGCAGCAAAAUAUCAGACACAAAUUAUAUUAGCAAAUUGUAGGUGUUUUAAAUGACCAGCAGGUGGGAAUCUAGGCUCAAUGAUUUUACUGCAUGUGUAUGCCAAAGCCUUUCAAGCAGAGGGAAUUAAAAAGGAAGGAAUUGGCAGUUGUUAUCCAGAUGUUGGUAAAUCUUCAGCAACACCUGGUUUAUCUGGUAUUUCAGCCUCUUUCAAAACAAAAACUUGGAGAGCUACAGCAGUGUUAAUGCUCAUGAAACGUUUGACCACUGCUUGAUUAAUAGACCGUUCCUGAAUGAUUCAGACAUCAAUACACAUUUACUUGCCACAUAUUUGACCACAUAAAUUGAAUUUAUUGUCAACUAGAGACCAUCUUGCGAUGUGAUCACAUCAGCCUUGACGCCAAAUCAACUACACCCAUUUUUGAACUCGGCUUUUAUUGUGUCAACUAACACACCUGUAAAGUUUUGUGACUGCAUCUUGCACGGUUACGACAUGGUGACAAAAUCUGUCUGCAGACAGACAUAUAUAUAUAUAUAGAAACAUCUGGCAAUGUGAUCAAAACUGCCUGUGUGGUAGUUCCCUCUACACACAUACACACACACACACACACACAGAGGGUGUUUGCCUGAAUUACAUGACUCAAAUAAUAAACUACUAAAAUUUGCAAACUGAAAUAUUUUUUCUUUGGUGGCAUUUUGCCCUUAAUUGAACAGAUUGACAGAAUUAGAAACAGACAGGAAACAGUGAGGGAGGGUGAGAUAGGUAUGACGUGCGACGAAGGUCAAACCGGAGACUUUGUGGUUAUAUGGUAUGUGUCUUUAACCCUUAGGCUUCCAGCACCCAACUACUGACAUAAGUGUUAAAAGCAUUAUUUAACUAGGCCCAUAGAAAAUUGUUAAACUGGCUGAAAUAGUGGAUUCACUACAGCUCUAAAAUCAGCUUGAAAAUUAUAUCUCAUUACAGCAAUAAAACAUGGAAGUCCUACAGAAACAAAUGACUGAAAAUUAACAUUAAGAGAAUAGGUUUAGGGCGCGGCCUCUAGCUCACUCAGUAAGAACGUGCGCCCCGUGUAGGCUGAGGGUUCAAAUCUGACCUGCGGCCCUUUGCUGCGUGUCAUCCCCCAUCUCCCUCCCCCCUUUCUUGUCACUGUCACUAUCAAAUAAAGGGAAAAGCCCUCACAAAAAGAAUUAAAAAGAAGAAAAAAAAAGAGAAUAGGUUUAGAAGGAACUGAUGACAUGGCCUUUGACUUCAGUUUGAAUGAACAAACUAGAUAUGGAAUGAAACAAUACUCAUACAGCUCAGGAAUUAUAGUGGAAACAAUAAUAAUAUGUGGUUGAAGAGUUUGUGAUCGACAUUGGAUACGCUGGGCCUGUGUAGAAUGUAGAAAUCUGCAGCACGAGAUAAGCCUUGUUGACUGUAAGUGCAAAUGCAUAGCUGAAAUGUGCAAAGCAGUAAAAUUUGAUUGCACAAUACAUGUGGUAGUGAUAAGUAGCAUUUGUUUCGGUUAAUGCGUUUAUAGUGCUGGGAGUGUAAAUAUAGAGAGAGAUGUCGCAACUCUGGGAUAAUAAUUUAGUAUUGAAUCAUACAGCCAACAAAAAACAUAGAAAACGUCUCCCUGUCCAGGCUGUUGACAAGAUGCAGAUGGAUCCUGAUUAUUGCCUCAGGAGAUUAACUGAAACUGUUUACACUCACGUCCAUUGACUUGUUGUUGUAUUAGUGGGCGCAGACGGUUAACCAGCAGGAGAACUGAGGCUACAGGUCUGCCAUUACAUAAAUGUUCCUGGUGACAUGAAUGCCAUAUUGCUGUAAAAGAA